CCGCCCGCGCGUGUCCUUCCGGGGCGGAGGUCAUCAUGGCAGCCGCCAUGGCUCGGCUUGGGCUGCGGUCCGUCAAGCAGGUUCGGGUUCAGUUCUGCCCCUUCGAGAAGAACGUGGAGUCGACGAGGGCCUUUCUGCAGGCGGUGAGCAGCGAGCGGGUCCGCUCCACCAACCUCAACUGCGCGGUGACGGCGGACGUGCGGCACGACGGCUCCGAGCCCUGCGUGGACGUGCUGUUCGGAGACGGGCAUCGCCUCAUCAUGCGUGGCGCCCACCUCACCGCUCAGGAAAUGUUCACGGCCUUCGCCUCCCACGUCCAGGCCAGGAGGACCGAGGACGGCGGGGACAAGCCAGGCGCUGGUGCCGGGCGCUGACCGCACUGAGGACGAGCAGAUUUCAACCUAGGCCUAGGACGGUAGUAAGAUGGUGAUCUAAGACCUUGACUUGGUUGUUCAUACCUAUUCCAGUCACUGUAUGAAGGGCUACGGAAGUGUGGGAGGUGGGAGAGAGUGCCUCUCCACUACACUGCCUUUGGGACACUUGAACCAAGGGGCAGAUGUAGGGGAGGAUGGGUAUUGAUGAACUUGUUUUUUCCCCCCACUUUAUCACACUCUCUCAAUUUGGUCUCUUCCAUUGUUUACUAUAUCUUUUAACUUAAAAAAAAUACAAAAAUGUGUGCUGUUUCCUGUGUUAGUAGGUUUUGCUA